AUGACAGGAGUGGAAAUAUAUAAAGAGACCAUUCGGCCUUGUCUAUCGAUCAUUACCCACCCAAGCCCUAUAUUCUAUAUUUUGUCUGACGUGACUCAAGCUAUCGAAGGUUCUCACGUCUACACCUUCAAAAUGCAAAUCACCAAUCUGAAGCUUGUUCUCCUCGCAUCGCUUUUCGGCCAUUCGGACGCCUUAUUUUUCAAGUGGACCAGAAUUUCCAAUAAUCAGUGCGCUAUGUUGCCUUUUACCUUUGGAUUCCCUGAUCCCGGAUGCCCUGGUGGUGCGGCGCUGCCGGCGCCCGCUCCCCCAGCACCAGACCCCAAGGCAAUCGCCGCGGCUUACUGCACCAGCAUCGCGGCUGGUGCCAUUGCGGUAUUCCGAGCCGACGGCAGCCACUAUGGCUGCUUCAAUGACCCAUGCCGGGAGACCUUCCCUGGCAGCAACGAAAUCAAUGGUGUGUGUAAAUAA